CUCCCAACCCCUGCGGCUACUCUUUAGAGGGAAGCCGCAGACCAUAAGCCUCUUCCCAAAAAAGAGGUAAGGGGGGGUUAGACGAGGGGCAGCGGAGGAGACUUACUAUUCCAAAGGAGGGGCGUCACAGCCUCUUCUUACCUGCUGAAUCAGGUAAGGAGACUGGCUUAUGAAAAAGGAAAAGGACAGAGGAGGUAUUUAUUUGUUCAGUUUCAGACUCGAUUUAGAGCCCUUCAUCUGCAGACUCAUUGUGUACGGGGAGUGGGACACUAUCUCGGCCUCGGGAAGAGAGAACUGGGAAGAUUUUUUUUGACAGCGAAGGAAAGGCGGAACUAGGCUUCCUCUCCUCAGUUGUUUCCUUAUCCAAAAGGUGAUAGAACUACAUGGCUUCUGCGGUCUGGGGGAGUGCUCCUUGGUGGGGCCCGCCACCCCCAGCCCCAGCUCGGCCGCUUACGGACAUCGACUUCUGUUCCGGGGCUCAGCUGCAGGAAUUAACCCAGCUGAUCCAGGAACUGGGUGUGCAGGAGAGUUGGAGUGACGGGCCCAAGCCCGGGCCAGACCUCCUCCAGGCGAAAGACUUUGUCUUCUCUUUGCUAGGUCUUGUUCACCGUCGGGACCCCCGCUUUCCUCCCCAGACUGAACUCUUGUUGCUUCGUGGCGGGAUUCGCGAGGGCUCUCUAGACCUGGGCCCUACACCCUUGGGCCCCUAUGCCCGGGGACCUCACUACGACGCGGGCUUCACACUCUUGGUGCCGGUGUUUUCGCUAGACGGCACUGGGCAAGAGUUGCAACUGGACGUGGAAUCCUGUUACACAUGGCUCUGCCUCCCGGAUCUGAUGCGCGGAACCUCGGUCCGGGAGGCAUGGCAGGAUUGCCUCGGACCCCCAGCCCCAAUAGGACGUGAUUCGAUCCACCGACUCCAAAGCGAAGGAAGUCCCGGGGACCAGCAAAGCUCGGUGGACCAGACGCACGAUAACGUCCCUGAGCCUGGACCGCAGGAGUCUUUGGAAAAAUCACCUAGUAACGCUUUGGACCCCGAGUCGCCCCCGCAAGACGUAACCGAUCUGGUCUUCCCCGCACCACUGAAAAAAUCGAAUGGUGACAUCACCGAAGCAGAGGGUAUUAACCCAGCCCCUCAGCUGUCGGAGGUUUGGAAGGCGUGGCCCACGUUGUGCCCCGCCCAGGUGGCUACUUGGUUCUUUUCUUCGCUGGCUGCGGUCGCCAAGACCCUCUUCCCCGUCCCAGGUGCCCCGCGUUUGGUCCACGCAGCCCGCCACGCGGGGUUCACCACCAUUCUCCUGGCUACGCCAGGGCCCCCACGCCGCCUUCUGCUUUUCGAUCUGAUCCCCGUGGUAUCAGUGACCGGUUGGCCCGAAGGGGCUCGGAACCAGUCGUGGGCCGGCCCGCUGGACUCGGAGUCGUCCUUCUACUUGGUGCCAAGUUGUCGCUCAGAGCCGCCGGGCGCCUACAGCUGGCAGCUCUGCUUCGCCCGCCAGGAGCUGGCGCUCAAGGCGCGCAUACCAGCUCCGCUGCUGCAAGCGCACGCGGCGGCCCAGGCGGUGCUGCGCCCCCUAGUGGCCGGGACUCGGGCCGCGGCUCCCUACCUCCUGCGGACGUUGCUCUACUGGGCUUGCGAGCGGCUCCCCGCGCACUACCUGGCGCGGCCAGAGAAUGCCGGCGCCUGCUGCCUGGGGCUACUGGAUGAACUGGGCCGUGUGCUCGAGGCCGGGACGCUGCCCCACUACUUUCUAAGCGGCCGAAAGCUCCUCGCCGGGGAAAGCGCUUCAGUACUGCUCGCGGCCUUGGCCCGGCUCCGUGGAGACCCUGCCCAGGCGCUGCGCGCCGCGGUGGAGGAGGCCAAAGCGGCGCGCAAGGGGGGCGGCUUGGCUGGGGUGGGAGGCGGGGCUCAUUAA